UUUCUUCCCUGAAGCAUGGCUCGUACCAAGCAGACCGCUCGCAAGUCCACCGGCGGGAAGGCGCCUCGCAAGCAGCUGGCCACCAAGGCUGCUCGGAAAAGCGCGCCGGCGACCGGCGGCGUGAAGAAGCCUCACCGCUACCGCCCCGGCACGGUGGCUCUCCGGGAGAUCCGGCGCUACCAGAAAUCCACCGAGCUCCUGAUCCGCAAGCUGCCCUUCCAGCGCCUGGUGCGGGAGAUCGCGCAGGACUUCAAGACGGACUUGCGCUUCCAGAGCUCGGCCGUGAUGGCCCUGCAGGAGGCCAGCGAGGCCUACCUGGUGGGGCUCUUCGAGGACACCAACCUGUGCGCCAUCCACGCCAAGCGCGUCACCAUCAUGCCCAAGGACAUCCAGCUGGCCCGCCGCAUCCGUGGGGAGAGGGCUUAA